AACAAGAUUUCUAGGACAGAAGGAGAACCAUAUCUAAUAUUGCUACUGCCAUUGUCAUUGUCAAAAGUCAUUGUGAAAUGCAAAUGUCAAUGUCAAUGUCAAAGGCUCAAAUUCUUUUAGCACCACCAACUUUUUUGGUGUUCUUCAACUUAUUAAUCUUCAUUUCCUCAACAGAAGCAGCACCAAUAUCCUUUGGCUGGGUUCAACAAGAAUUCCUUAAGGCUCACAAUGAUCUAAGAAGCAGUGUUGGUGUUCCUCCUUUGCAAUGGGAUGCUAAUUUAGCCUCUUUUGCACUUGAUUGGGCUACUCAGCGUAAGCAGGAUUGUAAUUACAGGCGACAUUCUACCGGGCCAUAUGGAGAGAACAUCUUCUGGCAACUAUACAAAGAGACACCUCCAACUGGUGUAGUGCAGAAAUGGUUCUCAGAAAAGAAGUUUUUUGAUGAGGUGAACAAUGUUUGCAAAUGCCAACCUGAAAAGGAAGGAUGUGAAUGUGGGCAUUACUUGAAUGUGGUAUGGAAAACUACAAAGAAAGUUGGAUGCAGUGGCUUUGUUUAUUGCAAUGAUCAAAAGGGUGUUUAUAUUGUCUGCUCAUAUGAUCCUAUUGGCAAUGUUAAAGGUGUCAAUCCUUUGAAUCCUGGUGAUUUAACAACUAAUUCCACCAACCAUUGAAGCUAGUUAAUGCUAAUUAGGUGUUAACCUCAGUUUUUGAUAACUAAUUUUGGUGUAUAUGUUUGAUCGAUAAAUAAUGAUUUUGAUUUGUAAUCACAUUGUAAGGAUCAAUGAAUGGAAAUUGGGUUGUUUAUAUAA